AUGGUGGAUGGUAUAGGCGAUUCUUCCUCACGAUCGAGAUUGCCCUCGUCCAACGAGACGUCUUCCUUUUCCAACAUUUAUUCUAGCAGUGGUUUUGAUAUCAUGGGCGUUUUGGCUCAAGUCGCUACCAGGUCGAAUCCGAAAAUCCAUAUCGGGGCUGUCGACUUAUCAUGUGCCUUUGUUCUGUGCGAUAUUACCAAGGAUGACCAUCCCAUCGUGUACGUUUCAGAUGCUUUCGAACGUUUAACGGGCUACACCAAAGAUGAAAUCGUCGGCCGAAACUGCCGCUUCCUGCAGGGGCCAGACGGCCAAGUGCCAGCCGGAACUAGGCGGAAAUUCGUCGACGACCACACAGCGUUCCGCCUGAGGAAUACGAUCACCGAGCGAAGCGAAAUCCAGGCCAGCCUGAUUAACUACCGCAAGGGCGGCCAGCCGUUUAUGAAUCUCAUCACCAUGAUCCCGAUUCGCGGGAAUGACAACGAGUACCAGUUUUAUGUGGGCUUCCAGGUGGACUUGGUCGAGAAACCUGACGCAGUCACCCGGCGGAAUCCUGAUGGCACAUAUGUGAUCAACUACCAGCGCGAGCAGCUUCCAUCGUACGUCGUCCCGACGGCAGAUAUCUACCGAGUGAACCCGGAUCUGAACGUGCACUUCCGCCCUGAGGAGGUGUCGGCCAUCCUCAACACGGUUGGGGUGGCUGGGUCGGAGCUGCCGCGGCAUUAUAUGGACCGCAUCCUUGUGGAAAACUCGGACGACCUCAUCCACGUGUUGUCCUUUGACACUGAGUUUCUCUAUCUGUCGCCGUCCUGUCCGCGGAUCCUCGAGUACGAGGUGCACGAGCUGGUGAACAAGACGCUCUCGACCAUCUGCCACCCAAGCGACAUUGGCCCCGUGGUCCGCGAGCUAAAGGCCAGCACCACCACGGCCCCGAUCAGCUUCGUGUAUCGUGUCCGCAAGAAGAACAGUGGCUACACGUGGUUUGAGAGUCAUGGGUCCUGGCACAUCGAGCCAAACCGCGGCAGACGAUACCUGGUGCUGGCCGGCCGCGAGCGGCCCGUCUACUGCCUCGACCGGGUUGCCGCCGUUGGCGGCCAGCGGAUCGAGGAAAACGACCUGUGGGCCAAGAUCUCCCUGUCAGGCAUGAUCCUCUUCAUCUCCUCCAAGGCCCGCCCUGUCCUGGGCCGCCAACCUGAUGACCUGGUUGGCAAGAGUUUCCAGGAUCUGAUCAAUGUCGAGUCCGUUCCGGAGAUGAUGCAGGCGCUGGAGACGUGCCGAAGCAGGCGCCAGGCCUGCUUCUCCCAUGAGAUGCAGCAUCGGAAAGGCCACUCGCUCCGCGCGCAGACCACAUUCUACCCCGGCGACGCAGACCAAGGCGCUAAACCCAUAUUUCUCGUCGCUCAUGUUCGGCUGAUCAAAUCUAACGCACCGAAUGUGCCUGCCGCUGCAGCAGAGUCCACCACCGCAGACUCCUCGUCGUCCUCAACCGCGGUUCCCGAUACCGGCAACGCAGCAGCAUCAAGUCUACAAUCGCUCCUCCCGCUCGACGAAGCUACCAUAUUCGCCGAGCUGAAGCCCACCCGGGGAUCCAGCUGGCAAGCCGAGCUGCGCGGCCUGGAGAAGAAGAACAAAGCCCUGGCGGACGAGCUGCACUUCCUGCUCAACCAGCGACGCAAACGGAAGCGCAAGAAGGCCUCGCUGCUCGUGGAGAAGAGCUGCGUCAUGUGCAGCACGCGCAAUACGCCCGAAUGGCGCCGUGGGCCGUCCGGGAACCGCGAUCUGUGUAACUCGUGUGGAUUGCGUUGGGCGAAGCAGGUCCGUGGGCAAGGGGGUUGA